UCGCCGAAAUGGAGGAGAACAACCGCGGAGAGACACUCUGCAAGGUUUGCGGGGACAAGGCUUCGGGAAAACAUUACGGGGUGCCGAGCUGUGACGGAUGUCGUGGCUUCUUCAAGCGGUCAAUCCGCAGAAAUCUUGACUACGUGUGCAAGGAGAAUGGCCGCUGUAUCGUGGACGUGUCGCGACGCAACCAGUGCCAAGCCUGCCGCUUCACCAAGUGUCUUCAGGUCAACAUGAAACGUGACGCGGUACAACAUGAGAGAGCACCGAGAAGUACAUCUUCCCUUGUCGCGGCAGCGAGGAGGACACCUUCGGGACUUUACACGGGAAUUCCUAACGUCUAUCAUCCCGCGGGCAGUGCCUACCAUCCUCUCCUGUAUCCCGCAUUAUUUCCUUUCAAGCCGACGGUGCCGACAUUCGCCCCGUCAGUCGCGCAUUUCUUGCCACGACCGCAUGCGGAAUCCUUAUCUAUGACUACCGGUAAAGAAGACGAGGUUACCAGUUCCGAGGAAGCUAAUACCGUCGACGUCAGAAUCGAACAAAAAGAGGAAUUACUGAGCUCUCGUUUAGCGCCACCCACCGUCAUCACUUCCGUUCCAUCGGAAUACAAUGUACAAGGUUUAUCCCUGCUGCCAACUGAAAAUAUUUACGAGUUCGCAGCCAAGUUGCUUUUCUUUGCUGUGCGAUGGGCGAGAAGUAUACACUCCUUUCUACAACUCCCUUACAGAGACCAGACUAUUCUUCUGGAGGAAUCGUGGAGCGAGUUAUUUGUACUGACAGCGGCGCAGUGGAACUUCUCCGUGGACGAGACCAGCCUGGUGCCGGUGGACCUGCCGCCGGAGCGAAGAGAGAUUCUCGUCGACAAAGCGAGGAGGUUGAGGGAACUUUUAGCGAAAUGCGUCGCUUUGAGGGUCGAUCAUUCCGAGUACGCGUGCUUAAAAGCUAUAGUGCUUUUCAAGGCAGAAUCGCGAGGACUCUGCGAGCCGGGCCGGGUGUCGGCACUGCAGGAGCAAACGGUGGCGGUAUUCUGCGAGAGGGAUGCGCGCAGGGUGGGUCGAUUGCUGCUGCUUUUACCACCAGCGCGUGCUCUCUGCCGUGUUACCCUGCACGAGUUGCUGUUCAAGCCGACGGUCGGCGAAGUCAGUGUCGAGCGACUGCUGGGCGAUAUGGUCGGCGCUCUCAGGCCCACCUAACUGUUGGCGCGAGUGCGCCUCUGAGAAGAUUUCAUGCAUGUAUGUGUGUGUGUGUGUGUGUGUGUGUGUGUGUGUGUUUCAUCGACGUUAUCGCUCGUUAUCGGCGAAGCAAAUUCGAGCGGGCUCAGCGGGUCGAUGAUUUAGGGCUAUCGAUGCCCUUUCGUGCAUUUAAUGCAAUGUUAGUCGAUGUCAGAUUGACUUGCGUAUAAUAUAAUUAGAAAAUCUCUCCGUAUAUAGUUAGAAUGUCUCUCCGAAUACGAGUGGACGAUACAGGUGGACUCCCGGGUGUCCCGGAAAACUUAAAUCUCGAAAUUUCUUAAACUAGGGCAAUUUUCCGAAAUGUUGUAACACUAAUAUCUAAAUA